UUCUUGUAGAUAUUUUAUGCUUUAAUUUGAUUAUUAUCUGAUGAAUGAAUAUUAAACCAUGAUUUGGAGUUUCUUGUCAGAAUUUGAGAAAUGUCUACAUACUCUGUGAUUCAUGUAAUUGUAUUAUUUAUCCUAUCAUUUAUCUGUUAGACAAAAGGUGCAGACUUACCAUUGAGGCAAUGACUGACGUAAUGAUCGUAAAGUCGCUCACUUCUUCUGUUGAACAAUUUGACCCAGAAGAUGCCAUUAACAGGUUUUUGAUGAAAACACCAUCUGGAGGGAUGAGGAGACCAGAAUUUGAGAGGUCUGCACUAAAGGCAGCAUCAACUUCAAAGGAAAUAGAGGGUGAAGCUGUGAUAGAAGGAGAUGGACAAGCAGAAGCUGAAAUAGAUCAUCAGAUGGAGUCCGAUUCAGAGGAUGUUGAUUCAGAUGUUGAGGGGGAUUUUGAGCCAGGCUUUGAUAAUAUGGGUGACACAUUCACCAAAGUGUUAAAGGAAGCGGCUGCGGUUGAGCUUGAGCACGAAACGGUCAAAGAAAUAAAAUUUAAAAAAGAACUGAUUAACAAUCGCAAAUAAAAAUCUUAUUAACAAUUACAA